CUGGCCAUGCUUGCAAGGCAAGCAUGGAGGCUCAUUCAAAACCCAGCUUCCUUAUGUGCGCAGGUCCUGUCAGCAAGAUACUACUCAGAUGGCUCAGUUCUUCAAGCCAGGCCUAGAAGCGGCAUAUCCUACACAUGGCGCAGUAUACUAAAAGGAGUAGAUCUGCUCAAGAAAGGGAUCAUAUGGAGAGUAGGCAGUGGUAGCAACAUCAAUAUUUGGUCUGAUCCCUGGAUUCCAAGAGGAAGUACUAGGAGAGUCAUCACACAGAGGGGUGGAAAUGUUGUAACUAAAGUAAAUGAUUUGAUUGAUCCUACCACAAACAAUUGGGAUGAAGACUUAGUUAGACAAACCUUUCUCCCUGAAGAUGCAAAUAUUAUUCUACAAAUCCCAAUUCAUACACAUGAAGAUGAUUUCAUAGCAUGGCAUUAUGAUAAAAAAGAUGAAGAUACAUGUGGUUUUAAUUGGCCAAAGUUGUGGUCGCUUCCCCUCCCCAACAAGGUUCUUCACUUCUUAUGGCGCAUGUCCACAAAUACCUUACCACUGCGCAUGAAGCUCCAGCAAAGAGGUAAGGCAAGAAGGGAGAAUACAAGAGCAACAACAAAAAGAAAGAUGGUCCAGACCUCCACCGAAGAUCUUGAAAAUCAACACUGACGGCGCCUACCUAAAGGAAUCAAAUU